GCCAUCAGUUGUGCAAUUCUCUUUCUGAGGGCGCAGAAGUGCAAUGAAGCAAAGUAGUGGGUCGGAGUUCUGAGCUGGCUUAAAAUGUACCACUGACAUGGCUAACAGAACAAACUCCUCUGAAUAUUUCUGGUCUUAUGAAUAUUACUGGGAUUACAUAGAUCCAAUUCCAGUAGAUGGAAGCAAGUUGAAGGUCAAUAAAUACUCCAUCGUCAUUGCCUUUUGGGUCGGCCUGGCUGCAUUCGUGACGUUUCUUUUCCUUGUUUUGCUGUGCAUGUCCUGCUCCGGAUCAACCUCAGCAAAACAAGUGGCUGUUGGGAGCCAGGUAGAAGAAAGCAGUUCCAAUGGGGAACAGCCUCACUGCGAUGAGCUCAGGAGCUCCUACUCAGAGGUGGCUCCUUAAACACUUACCUCCCUUUUGGAUGGACCAGACAUUGCUGGAAGGAUCUGAGCCUGAGGUAAAACUGGAAGAGGUGAAAUGAACCCUGCACUGUUCCUGCAG